CUGGGGUCCAAAUUAAAUUAAAUAAAUGAAAUAGAAAGAAAAAGAAAAAAGAGAUUGAGAACACUCAUUGAUUCAACCAUGAACGGAACUUUUGAAAACGGACCCGUAAAUGACUCGCGUUCAACGUCGUAACCGCCGGGAGAGUCCUGUAAUGCCUGCGUCGAUGGAUGAGUCAACUCAACUUGAGUGAUACAACAACAUCACUGUGGCAAUAGCCUCCUCGGCGAUGAGAACUCGGUCCUGGAUGCCCUGGCGGUGGUCGGUCAUAUGGUCAUCAUAUCUGGAUAACGGCCCACGUUGAACCGGGCACAAUAUUAGAACCGCAGUAGACAUAUUAAUGUCACUGCUUGAACGAACAUUUGCGGCGGCGAAGCGUCGACUUUUGUACCGAUACAGAGUUGGUUCCUCGUGCGCUUGGUUGCGAUGCACUGCGUUAGCGAUGUCCAUUUUUAGAGAAAUGAUGAACUUCGAGGAUAUUGGCAGUAUCUGUCUUCUCGCGUGGCUUGCACAGCCGCUGGCGCUGCAUAUCGUGCUCUCUCCUCCUUACGCCAAGCUCAAGUACGGCGUCUCUACAAAGCCUGAGAAUCUGCAGCUGCAAGUUUCACUUCAGACGUUUCAGAAGUGGUUUGAAAUACUGCCUCACAACCGAAAAGCCAUCUUCAAUAUGAUCGACGUGUUCCUAGCUGUCAAUGGACCCUUAAAGGCGUUCGACUCCACUGAUAGCCAAGGUUGGCCAACGUACUGGGCACCAUUUGCUCAGACUCGGGGUGAUACUGCGGUGGCGUGCAAUGAGGAAGGCAGCUGGUGCAACAACGUAUGCUACAAUGACCUUGCUAAAAGCAUGGCCAGCUUUGCGAAUCACGAUGGUCAACUUAUAUGUGUAGUCCUGUGCACCUUCUUGGUCACCGCGAUCUGGGCUUUUAAAACAAAUAACGCAAAUUUCAGAGUGUUUUAUGACGUUCCGAAGGUUACGGAACACGACUCGAGCCCUGGGAAGGUCGAUGUUUGGAACUUGCCAACUGAGACCGCGGGCGCAAAUAUCGUAAGAACACUGUGGCACACCGAUAUCACAGCAGGCAUACAAGCAGAUAGCGGUCGAAUCGCAUCAUUCGGAUCGUCUGUUCGCCGUGGUUACGCUAGUACUACCUGAAGCGGCCUGAACUAUGUAAAUACACCAAAUCUAACACGAACGAAGCAUAACGCAUGGAGUAGGCUACUCCACAUCGUCUAGUACUUAGCGGUGGUGCUUGGGUGUUAGACUGGUGACCAGCCCGUCUAUGAG